AUGUAUGCGUCGCGUGGGAAGUGGGACGAGAAGAUGAACGUGAAGAGGCUGAUGAGGGGAAAAGUAUUGACAAAGAGCGGCGGGAGUAGUUGGAUCGAGUUUGAUGAGGCGUUUGAGGUCGUGAAUAGGAUGCUAUUGUCGGGAGAAGUUUUGAAUGAGAUCACGUUCUUAAGCGUACUCAGUGCCUGUUCAAGUACAGCCUCGUUCGAGAUGGGGAAGAAUUGUCAUGCUAAGGCGAUCAAGCUGGGUUUCUUGGGGUAUGUUUAUGUGGGCACGGGAUUAACAGAUAUGUAUGCAAAAUGUGGAGAGAUGAUUAGCUCAAGAAAGGUCUUCAAUUGGAUGCCCGAGCGGGACGAAUUCUCCUGGACUGUUAUGAUUCACGGGCUAGCCAAGAAUGGUUUCGCGGAAGAAUCUAUUGAACUCUUCGAAGAGAUGGAAAGAACUUCCUCUAUCACUCCGAAUGCACUAACGUUCUCCACAGUCCUGUUUGCAUGCUCCCACCCGGGCCUAGUCGAUAAAGGGCUAGCACUCUUUAAUUCAAUGGAGACGAGAUACGGAGUAAAACCAAAUGCCAGGCACUACACCUGUGUGGUGAACAUGCUCUCUCGAUCAGGUCGACUGUCUGAAGCAGAAGCCUUCAUCGAAUCCAUGCCUGUCCUGGCCAAUGGCGCUUUCUCAUCAUAUGCUGCCCUACUAAGUGCAUGCCUGAAAUUGGGGGACGGAGAAGUAGCGGAGAGGACUGCUAAGAAGUUCUUGGAGCUUGCGGACAACAAGAACUCAGCUGCAGGUCAUGUUGUGCUUUCGAACAUGUAUGCAUCGUUGGGGAAGUGGGACGAGGCGUUGAAUGUGAGGAGGCUGAUGAGGGAGAAAGGGUUGAAGAAGUGCGGCGGGCGCAGUUGGAUCAAGGUUUGA